AUGAGUUCGCGUGGUAGUCAUGGACGGGGAACUCGUUUGUGUCGAGGACGCCAAAGAGGAGCUCGAGUAGAGUCAUCCUUUAUGGGUAGUAUGCCCAACUUGGAGACUAGUGUAACAGUUGAUACUCCCACUACUGAGACAGUGUCCCAGACUCGGACGACUGGGGACGAAACACUGGGUGCCAUAGGAGUCGCUCCUACUAUUGCAGAAUAUUGGCUCGAGGCUACCGAGCAUAUUAUGACUAAUCUAGAUUUUACCCCCACUCAAAAAUUGAGGGGUGCAGAGUCUUUACUCCGGGACAAAGCCUAUCAGUGGUGGCUGACAGUUGAGCAAGGUGCUCAGCCUGAGCAGGUUAAUUGGGAUUAUUUCAAGAACACCCUUGAAGGUAAGUACGUGGGGGCCAGUUAUGUUAAGGCUUGCCGACGUGAGUUUAUGAGCCUAGUUCAGGGCGACCGAUCUGUUGUUGAAUAUGAAGCUGAGUUUCUGCGAUUGAGCAAGAAUGCACGGGCACUGGUAGCGUCUAACUACAACAAGUGUGUGAGGUUUGAGGAAGGAUUGAGAUAUGAUCUGCGAGUUAUGAUAGCUCUUAAGAGGGAACAGGUUUUUGCGGUUCUGGUUGACAAAUCAAAUAUAAUGGAGAAAGUGAAGCGCACUGAGCGCGAGUGGCGUGACCGCUAG